AUGGUGAGGUCAAGAGGAUGGGAAAAGGCAUCCUCUGUAAAGCUUGGGAACCAAAAGGUAGCGGCCAAGACCUUGCGUAACGUCAAGACCUGGACAGGGAAACAAAGGCUCGUGGAAGUUGUGAUCCAAACUGUGAUCCUUGGAGACUUUUUGGCCACUCGAGCCAUCCUCUUCACAGCUGCGAAUGAAGUCCCUGCUUCCGGCAGCUUGGAACUCGUGUCAGUAUCAGAGGAGGAAUUGCCGGUAGCGGACGGUGCUUUCUCUUACUUUCGAAUUUUCCUGACGCAAGCAAAAGUAGACCCCGGAGAGAACAGAUCUGAAAACAGAGAAAAUGAUGAAUCGCCGACGUGCCAUCUCGUUAUUCCCGUGAAAUAUUUGAUCCCCGUCCUGUUCCUUGUGCUUCUUGUCGCGCUGUCCGUUGCUACCGGGCUGAUUGUCCACUACACGUGCCCGGGAAAGAUACGUUGCCAAGCGUCCUCAAAAUGUAUAAAACCAGAAAAAAGAUGCGACGGGGUAUUAGACUGCCCGGAAGGGGACGACGAAUACAGAUGUGUAAGACUCAGUGGAAAAAAUGCCGUGCUCCAAGCUUACACGGGAGGAUCCUGGCGAACGGUUUGCUCGGACGACUGGAACGCCUAUUACGGGAAUUUCACAUGUAAGCAAUUAGGGUUUUCAAGUUACGUCGCCUCCAGUUCCGUGGCCCUGGGCUUCGUCGAACUACAGUUCACAAGACAAUUUGUCUCGCUGUCCAAAUCACAAUCCUUUGCCGGAGCGAUGACAUUGCUACAGAAUGUAAUGCAGCCCAGGGAACACUGCCUUUCUGGAAAUGUCACUACCCUAAAAUGUGUCCUCUGCGGCAGUCGGCCCAAUUAUUCACCGUCAACUCGGAUAGUGGGUGGCAACGCUUCUGCCGAGGGCCAAUGGCCGUGGCAAGCCAGUCUUAUCUAUCAAGGCAUCCAUUUGUGCGGAGGGUCCCUGAUUACUUCCCAAUGGAUCGUAACCGCUGCCCACUGCGUCUAUGAUUUGUUUUUCCCCGAGUCCUGGAGCGUACAAGUCGGCCAUGUGAACCAUCAGCGCGAUCCGCAGAACACUCCCGUUCUUGUAGAAAAGAUCAUCUACCACAGCAAAUAUAAAUCAAAUUCCAUGACAAAUGACAUAGCGCUCAUCAAACUGGCAAACCCGUUCACCUUCAACGGUUUAAUACAACCAAUCUGUCUACCGAAUUAUGGAGAGGAUUUUCCAGAGGGUAAAAUGUGUUGGAUAUCAGGAUGGGGUGCGACAGAAGAAGGAGGUGAUACCUCUCAGACGAUGGAUUACGCUGGCGUUCCACUGAUUUCCAACAGAGUUUGCAAUACGAAAUACAUCUACGGGGGUGUUAUAAAGCCAUCGAUGGUGUGCGCAGGCUUCUUGGAGGGCGGUGUAGACACCUGUCAGGGGGACAGUGGUGGUCCUUUAGCAUGUGAAGACCGGAAAGUGUGGAAAUUGAUGGGGACCACCAGUUGGGGCGUUGGCUGUGCCUUGAGAUAUAAACCAGGUGUAUAUACUCGAAUUACAUCAUUUUUGGACUGGAUCCAUAUCCAGAUGGAGAGAGAAGAAAGAAAGAAAAAUGUGCCUUUUCAAAAUGUAUCCAGCCUGCAAUAA